AUGUUGCCCUGGAGGAGCUCAACCCUCGCGCUACUGCUGACUCUGCAGUUCGCCGCCGGCUCCUGGGCUCACAGGUGCCAGGCCCCCGACGGGAAAUGCGACUUUGUGUGCGACUGUGCGGACUGCAUCGACGAGCAAGACUGUGGCUACAGCGGCAGAGGGUUCGCGUGUGACUUUGAGGCAGCCGGGAUGUGCGGGUGGACCGACCAGUCCCUGAACGCACCACUGUACGGCUGGCAGAGACUUCAGAGAGGAGGGGCGGCGCUGCCCGACAGCGGGCCGUCCUCUGACUUCUCCACCGGGACAGCGACAGGUUGGUUUAUGGGAGUGAGUGCAGUGAUGGCGGGGUCUCUCAGCUCUGCGGUUCUCACCUCCCCAGAGAUGAAACAGUCCUCUCCGACCUGCCGCCUCCGUCUCAGAUACUUCCUGUGGGACUCAGCUCACACGGGUCUGGGCUCCACGCCCUUGUGGGCGUCCAUCCUUCGCGAGGACUCUCUGGAGGCCGUCGUGUGGCGCCCCGAGGCCACCAGCGUCCGUGGCUGGAGGGAGGCCACCGUCUUUCUGGGCCGCAUCCCCACAGGCUUCCGAAUCCAUCUGCACUCGCGGCGCUCCGAGGGCCGGAUAGGAGACGUGGCGGUGGACCAGCUGGAGUUCCUGGACUGUGCUCUGCCCCGGACUCUCCCCUUGGAAGAGUGUCACCCAGAGAUGACGGCGUGCACGCGGGGCGGCUGCGUGGAGCAGCGGCAGCUCUGCGACGGCAGCGACGAUUGCGGGGACGGGACUGAUGAGCAGAACUGUGGGUACCGGGCCUGUGACUUCGAGAGGGGCUUUUGCGAUUGGGACAUGAGGUCAGUGUCCCAACUGAGAUGGGUCCGGACCAAUCAGAAGAGCAUCUCCAACUCGGAUCCUCUGAAAGGACCGGGCAGGGAUCACUCCACCAACAGUGCAACAGGUCACUUCCUUUAUGUCACUGUCCCUGAUGGGGGUCUCACAAACGACUGGGCCAUGUUCCAAAGUCCCAGCCUUGAGGCCACCAACAUUUCACACCCUUGCAAGAUGGUGAUGUACACUCACCAGUUUGGGCCGAGGUCCGGCGGUCUCACGGUGCUGGUGGCAGAUACAGAGAUCUACCCGGUGUGGGAGAGGGGCGGCGCUCUGGGCGACGUCUGGGUGAAGGCGGAGGUGGAGAUUGUCGCCCACUCCAUUUUCCAAAUCGUAAUCGUGGCAGCAGUCAGGGACUUUGCGUAUGGAGGCAUCGCCAUCGACAGCAUUGUGUUGUCCCCUGAAUGCCGCUUGUCAUCUGACAAUAAUAGCUGGGCAAAGCCUCCUCAACCUCCUCAGGACCCGUGUGCUGAGCCAGUCAAGUUGUGUGAUUUCCAUCGAGACUGUGCCGGAGCGGAGGAUGAAAACAAAUGUGGUGAUUUCUCUUCCCCCGAGGGCAGCUCCGGUUGGACUGACGCCAGCAUUGGGGGUCAAGGUUGGGUGCUCCACCGAAAUGACACAUCUAAAGAGGAGUACCUGUACGUAUCCGAGGCCCCUGGCCAGCAGCUGACCGAGGCCCAGACACGGACCCCACUCCUGGGCCCCUCGGGCCCUGCCUGCACCCUGAGCUUUGAUUUUGCUCUCACUGGGAACGUAGAUCACAUUGGUGAGCUGUCUGUCAGGGUGAUUGACAGCUUGCUGGGAAUGCGGCCCAAACUGUGGGAAUUCAGUGGGAAGACCGAAACAGGGGAGGGGGCGUGGCAACACGUCGACCUGCCUAUCGGAGUCAGAAAAUAUCGCUUCCAGCUGGCCUUCGAAGCUCAUGCUGAGAAACUUCCUCCGAACGCCACGAUUCAGGUGAAAAGCGUUCACUUUGUCAGCUGUCAUGCUGAAUAUUUCCCAUCCUCUCCAACAGGGCUGUCGUGUAACUUUGAGAAUGGGCUGUGUGGCUGGUAUCAGGACAACAGUGACAACUUUGACUGGGCGCUGCUGGAUGGGAUGGACCACACCAUCGGCAUCGGCAGAAGCCUCAUCGUGGACAUGUGGAGUCCUUCUCUGCGGGGGGCGUUCGGACGCUUGGUUUCAUUCACACAGUUACCAGGUCGUUCAGAUCACUGCCUGUUCUUCUUCUACAAACUCUACGGGCCGAACACAGGUGCUCUGAAUGUGAAGCUGCUGGAUAACAACGGUUUCGAGGCCGUCCUCUGGAGCCGCAGUGCAGCUCAUGGCAACAUGUGGCACGAGGCGCACUGCCCGGUGCCGCACCAGUUGACAAACUUCCGGCUGAUGUUUGAAGCAGUGCGCUCUGGUUUUGACGGCCGCGUGGCCAUUGACGACGUGACGUUCGUGGACCGCCCGUGCACCAUACCGAUGAUGUGUUCCUUUGAAGGCCAGCGGUGUGGAUACAGCAGCUCGGGUAGAGUACACUGGCUGCACCGCAGCGGACACACCGCCACGCUGACGGGACCCAAGACCGACCACACGCUGGAGACCGAACUGGGUUUCUACAUGAUGGUGAACACCGGGGCGAACUUCCUUCCGUCGGGUGGCACGUCAGUCCUCGCCUCCCCUGUCCGCCAAGGAACCGCCAAGACGGAGUGCGUUCAUUUCUGGUACCACAUGGGCGGAGUGAAUCCUGGUUCUCUGACAUUGUAUAUGAAGCCGGUGAAGGGAGAAAGGGUGAAGAUCUUCUCCGACAGUCUGAACCAGGGAGACGUCUGGCGCCAUGGCAACGGCAACAUCUCGAGUGCCCUUGUGGACUGGCAGCUGGAGUUUGAGGUGGUCGGAGCCGGAGGAAUAAACACUUACACUGCAGUUGAUGACAUCUUCAUUGCGGCUCACGCAUGUGAAGACCAAGGUUCUAAGUGCAGUCUGGAGAGAGGGAUGUGUAGCUGGAGCAACACUCAAAACACUAAAGUGGACCAACUGGACUGGGAGCUGACGAGUCCGGAGGCUGAGAGCCACUACCUCACCCCGCCUGAGGACCACAGUCUGGGCACAGAGAAAGGUCACUUCCUGUUCUUUCCGAGCAGCAACCGGACGGCGGCCUACAAAAACGCCCAGUUGCUGAGCCCCCACCUGCCCCCGACCAAGGGCACCUGUCUGAAAUUCUGGGCCUACAAGCCGCACUCGUCGGACAGCGAGCUGAGGGUGUGGAGGCUCUCUGAACAUCGCUACCAUCAGCUACUCGUGGUGCGUGAACUGGGAGGGCCGUGGCGACGCUUUGACGUCAACAUCGUGUCCACGGAGGAAUACCAGAUUGUUCUUGAAGGAAUCAAAGGCUCAUCAGGCGUUGUGGCUCUGGAUGACAUUGAGUACAGCGUCGGAGUCAACUGCGCUAACAAAGUCACAGAUGAACUCACGAGCUCAUCGAAGCGAGACAACGCCGGAGGGAUCGCGGCGUCCGUCAUCGUGGUCCUGCUGCUGAUCGGCACAUUGAUCGCCCUGCUGAUUUACUACCUGCGAACCAAACGGGCGAUCCAGACCGGGGCCGGUCCUUCAGCUGUUAUUGGCUUCAGCAAUGAAGUGUACGAACCAGACCUCACACAGGAUCAUGUGAUUGUUCCACCGGUACAGAACCAUCCGAUGGCAGCUGGAUUCAAUAAUGUCACUGUCUCUGCUGGUGUCAAAGAGAUGGAGGUGGCGUGAUGCACGUGGAGCGCUGGUCCUGCCACCUCAAGGUGGCCUUGUGAAAAUGAGGCGAUAUCACAGCAGAAGAACUGCUUGUGUCGCCCUUACAUGACACACACACACACACACACACACACACACACACACACUCUCUCUCGCACAUGCCACAAUCGAUGAAGCUGCUUCAGAUCCGAUGGGGCCAUCGAGGGUCACAGCCCUCUGCCCGUGGACAGACUGAUGGACGUCAGAAGGAGAGCAUCUGCGGUGUCGUGGACCGAUAUUAGUUUUACUUGCCUUUGAAUCGAGACCGUGCACAACCCACAAAUGGCAGAAAUGGUUGCUUGGAGAUUUAGGAUCCAUUUUGGAUAUUUAUGAACUGGGAACGUGGAGCUAGAAAGACGUGAGUUUACCAGGCAAGGAGGGUCUCAUGAAAGACACCAUGGUGCAUUUUGGGAGAGGAGCUUGACUCGCAUUACAGUGCUAAAGGUUAAAAAAUCUCUCGCGAGUCUCCCAAUGUUAUAGAAAGUGGCCCUUUUUUUUAAGGGAGAAAGAAAAGAAUGACGUUAAACCUUUUUUAAAGUAUAUAUUUUUAAACAAGCUUAUAGAGAAAGUUGACAUAUAACGCUGUGGUUUGUAAAAUGUCUGUACGAGGGAUGUAUUACAACUUUACUCCGCUUUGAAACAAUAUCUAAUUGACCUGUGGUGAUGAAUUGAUUAAAGUAAAGCAUUCACACAUUGUCAGUAUGCCUUUGAGAGUAACUUAAUUUAAAGGACUGUAUCAUGAAUUUUGUCAGUAUUUCUUAAUGGUUGUUGAAAGUAAUAAUUGUUGUCUGCUUACAAUUAGUGCAGAAAGAUAUUAUCGAUGUAUAUCAACAACCCAGAAUUUUGAUAACCUUUUAACUGAUUUACCAAUCAUUUUUACCAAAUGUUUUAUUAUUAUGUCCCCUCAAAUUAAAGACUGUUGCUUUUCUCUUUCA